UCUUGGUCACACUGCAGUCAUCGUCUGAACAAAACUAUUUUACCCAAGGACGAAAGAGAACGAGACCUUUAAGAAAAAGACGUCGGAUGAAUUUCAGAGCAAUGUUACUGAUUCGAACAGCGACGGUCGCUCUUCUUCUAAUCGCGUUUCUUGAAAACGCUGCGUGGUGCUGCAAUGAUGCUUGUUUUGAACAUUCUUUCUCAAUAUGGGAUUCCAUCAGGUGUUUCGGGCUCUCUCGGGGUUCAUCGACUUGUUGAGGCUCUGAAACACGCUUUCGCAGUUAGAAUGAACCUUGGGGAUCCGGAUUUUGUCGAUGUUUCUAAGGUUAUUUCUGAUAUGUUGUCUACAAAUUUUGCACAAGGCUUGAAGAAAAAGAUAAACGACAACAAAACCUUUGAUCCAAAUUAUUACGGUGGCAGGUGGGAUCAGAUUAACGACCAUGGGACAAGCCAUUUAUCAAUCAUAGAUAGCGAGAGGAAUGUUGUUUCACUGACUAGUACAAUAAACAGUUACUUUGGGGCAUUGAUGUUAUCUCCAAGCACCGGAAUUGUUCUGAACAACGAAAUGGAUGAUUUCUCAAUCCCCAUGAAAUCCAGCAGUAACCUAACUGUGCCACCACCGGCACCGGCCAAUUUCAUUCGUCCUGGGAAACGACCUCUGUCUUCUAUGACACCCACCAUUGUACUCAAGGAUGGUAAAGUGAAAGCCUCCGUGGGUGCGAGCGGAGGACUGUACAUCAUCGCUGGGACAACAGAAGUUUUUCUGAAUUAUUUCUUCCUCAAGAUGGAUCCUCUUUCUUCCGUUUUGGCUCCAAGAAUCUACCAUCAGGUUUUUCGUUUUUUUAUUUUUCCUUAGAAACUUUCUCGUUCUCUACUCAUUCCUAAAAUAUGCUUUUUGUAAUAAUUUUCAUUUUCAGCUGAUACCAAACAUAGUUUCGUAUGAAAACUAGACGACAGUGUUCAGUGAUCAUUUCGAGAUUCCUAAAGAGACAAGAGUUGUGUUGGAGAAGAAAGGUCAUGUCCUAACGCCUAACGAUUGUUCAGUUCAUAGUUCAAGAAUCUGGUGCAAGUUCUGGUGGAAUGAGUGACCUUGUGGCAGUAAGUGAUCCAAGAAAGGGAGGGUUCCCUUCAGGAUAC